ACAGCAGGGGAGGAGUUGGGAGGUGAAGGCAGUUUGUAAGGAGAGCUUCAGUGUGCUUGGCAGCUCUGGGAGAGCUCAAAGCCCAGAGCACCGGGAUGAGGGCAAGAUGGGCCAUAAAUCCACCUUCACACCCAAGUAUAAUAGAGGAAGGGGAACCGAGAGUUUCUGGGCAGAAGUAGUAUCUCCGCCAGUCCUUAGGGAUGGCCGACCUUGGAAGCUUGGGCGCGGGGGCUCAGGAAAUGAGAAUGAGCAGUGAGUUCCCAGGGCCGCAGGUCUCCCUAACGGACUAGACAGAGCUGAAAGUGCUUCUCCGGUGGGUGGGGCUCGGCAGCAGAAACAGACCCUGAGGAAAUCCCCAAAGCCAGUGGCCUCACACAAGCCCAGGACCCAAGGGUAGCACUUCCUCAACUGCUGUGCAGCCAGGAAGUGCGUGAGAAGAAGUGUGGGCAGGCAGCUCAGAGUCCCAAGAAGGCACUUCAGGGAGCUGGGGAGGGAGGGACCUCCUCAAAGGCUGCUCCUGGAGACCUCCCAGAGACCGACAGGAGGAAGUGAGAGGUGAACUCAGCCUGGGCCUGGCUGGGUAAGGCCCUCCCUCACCCACCUGCUCUCCUGACUACCCACAACCAUGGCCCUGGCCCAGCAACUGCGUUCAGAGAGCGACUUUGAGCAGCUUCCCGAUGACGUGGCCAUCUCAGCCAACAUCGCUGACAUCGAGGAGAAGAGGGGCUUCACCAGCCACUUUGUUUUUGUCAUUGAGGUGAAGACGAAAGGAGGGUCCAAGUACCUCAUCUACCGGCGCUAUCGGCAGUUCCACGCCCUUCAGAGCAAGCUGGAGGAGCGGUUCGGGCCAGAGAGCAAGAGCAGCCCCUUCACCUGCAGCCUGCCCACGUUGCCAGCCAAAGUCUACAUGGGUGUGAAACAGGAGAUUGCCGAGACCCGGAUCCCCGCCCUCAACGCCUACAUGAAGAACCUUCUGAGCCUGCCGGUCUGUGUGCUGAUGGACCCCGACCUCAGGAUCUUCUUUUACCAGUCUGCCUAUGAUGCGGAGCAGGUGCCCCAGGCGCUCCGCAGGCUCCGACCGCGCACGCGCAAAAUCAAGGGUGUGUCUCCACAAGGCGCCAGCGUGGACCGUAUGGAAGCUCCAAGAGCAGAGGCCCUGUUCGACUUCACUGGGAACAGCAAACUGGAGCUAAGUUUCAAAGCUGGAGAUGUGAUCUUCCUUCUCAGUAGGAUCAACAAAGACUGGCUGGAGGGCACAGCCCAGGGAGCCACCGGCAUCUUCCCAGGCUCCUUCGUGAAGAUCCUCAAGGACUUCCCCGAGGAAGACGACACCACCAACUGGCUGCGCUGCUACUACUACGAGGACACAAUCAAAACCAUCAAGGACAUUGCAGUGGAGGAGGACCUCAACAGCACCCCCCUGUUCAAAGACCUGCUAGCGCUCAUGAGGCGUGAGUUCCAGAGAGAGGACAUUGCACUCAAUUACCAGGAUGCUGAGGGGGAUCUGAUCCGGCUGCUGUCGGAUGAGGAUGUGGGGCUCAUGGUGAGGCAGGCCCAAGGCCUCCCCUCCCAGAAGCGCCUCUUCACCUGGAAGCUACAUGUCACCCAGAAGGACAACUACAGUGUCUACAACACGGUGCCCUGAGUCAUUGUGGUCCCUGUGGCAAGGAAUGUGUGCUUAGCAAAAGGCCCACACCCUUUAAGGACAUGAGGACCUUCAGGGAGGCUGGGAUGAGAUGCAAGCCUCCUGGGCAGAGGCUGGUGUGCCCACCCGACCAGGAUUCUACUAAGUUUUGACACCUCUGAAUUCAAUAAACCAUUUUGUCUCUAAG